AUGGCGGCAGCAAGCAGUCAACUCUCCUUCAUGGAGAGAAUAGACAUCAUAUCUGCCCAGCUGGGUCUGAUUCGUACUCUCCUAUACACUGCAUUUACUGGUUUCUUCAGAGAUGAUCGUUAUGCCGCCAGCUACAAGCACCAUAUCACUCAUAGCAUAGUCCGGGCGAUGCUAGCACGGUUGAAUUCAGUCCAGCUAAAAACGCUCAAACCUAGCUUUAGAUCAUGCUAUGAGAAGUUCUGCAAGGAGAAAAACCUGAAAUCCAAUAUUGUGACUUUCAAAUCAGGACUCGAGGCGUUUUGGAUUGGUGAUCCAAAUGCAAAAUAUGUCUUUAUCUAUUUCCAUGGCGGCGGAUAUGCUCUUGAUGGAGACGGCCUUCAUUUGAGCUUCUGGCACAGUGUGCAGAAAGAUCUUGAUGCUGCUGGAAAGUCCGUGGCCUGGCUAUAUGUUGCAUACAGUCUUACUCCCCAUCGAACGUAUCCGACUCAAAUUUGCGAAGCUAUCGAGGCUCUUAAAUAUGUCCAUGAAGAGAAACACCGUCCGUCUUCAGAGAUCAUCAUCGGCGGUGACUCUGCUGGUGGCGCCCUCACCCUAGCGAUCCUAUCCCACCUCUCACAUCCAUCUCCUGACUUUCCUAAUGUGGAGAUAAGUGGGAAGUUCAAGGCGGCUGUCGUAAUGGCACCAUGGGUUAGUCUUCGAUUCGACUGGCCCAGCUUCAAAAGCAAUGAGUUCAAGGACUCAAUCACUGCCAUAAGAUUACAGGAGUGGGCAUCUUUGUACCAGAAUGGAAAGCCAAGCAACAAUUACAUUGAGCCAGUCGAAGCGCCCCCGAGUUGGUGGAAGGAAGUUCCAGUAGACCAAAUGUUGUGCACCGCUGGAGGAGAUGAGAUUCUGCUCGACCAGAUCUCGGAAUGGGUCGCAAAAUAUAAGUCUGUGCAUCCAGACAUGACGACCUAUAUGGUUGGCAAGGACGAAUGCCACAUCGCACCUAUAAUAGAGCCCAUGUUGAUGGACACUAGCGAGACGGAACAGGGCAAAGCUAUCAAAGCCUGGUUGAAAGCGAGAUUGUGA